AUGAUAUUAUGCGGAGGGGAGCAAUUGCACCCUAUUCAGUAUAAAUUUGAAGGGCGCAAACUCAAGACAGGACGAACCAUCGAGCGCGGGCGGACGGGCGCAUGCGCCUCGCCUCUUCCUGAGUCAGCGCUUGGCCGGCCCUUCUGUGGCUGCUCCGCGUGUUACGACGGGCGGCUCGGCGAUGCUGCGGCGGCGGUGGUCGUCGCCGGCGUGGGGUUGCUGGUGGUGGGCGCUGUGCGGAGCCCUCUGGGCCGGGGCCGGGGCUCCGAGGACAUCGUGGUGGGCUGCGGGGGCUUCGUCAGGUCCGACGUCGAGAUCAAUUACUCCCUGAUCGAGAUAAAAUUGUACACCAAGCACGGCACUCUGAAGUACCAGACAGACUGCGCUCCAAAUAAUGGUUACUUUAUGAUUCCUCUGUAUGAUAAGGGGGAUUUUGUCCUUAAAAUUGAGCCUCCCCUAGGGUGGAGCUUUGAGCCAACGAGCGUGGACAUCCAUGUUGACGGCGUCAACGACAUUUGCACCAAAGGAGGCGAUAUCAAUUUUGUUUUCACCGGCUUCUCAGUAAAUGGGAAGGUUCUUAGCAAAGGUGAGUCUCUGGGUCCCGCUGGCGUCCUUGUUGUGCUCAGAAGUCCCAGCACAGGAGUUACUUUACAGACCACAACCACUCAACCCGGAGGGAAGUAUGCCUUUUUAAAAGUGCUUCCUGGAGAAUAUGAAGUCUUCGCUUCUCAUCCCACCUGGACUCUGAAAGAGGCCACCACCACUGUUCGGGUCACCAGCUCCAAUGCGUACGCUUCCAGUCCACUCAUUGUGGCCGGGUAUAAUGUCUCCGGAUCUGUCCGAAGUGAUGGCGAGCCGAUGAAAGGCGUCAUGUUUCUCCUUUUCUCCUCUUCGGUGGCAAAGGAGGACAUUAUGGGCUGCAAUUCUUCCCCAGUUGAUGGUUUUCCGGCAAGAGAUGAUUCUCUCGCCUACCUUUGCAAUGUCAUUUCCAAAGAGGACGGUACCUUUACCUUCCAGUCUCUGCCGAGUGGCAAAUACGCCGUGAUACCCUUUUACAGGGGGGAGAGAAUUACGUUCGACGUCGCUCCUUCCAAAUUGGAUUUUGUCGUGGAGCACGAUAGUCUCAAAAUUGAGCCGGUCUUCCACGUCAUGGGCUUCUCAGUCACGGGCAGGAUUUUGAACAGCCCCGAGGGUGAAGGGGUAGCAGAUGCCACCGUGAUCCUGAAUAGCCAGAUUAAAGUUACGACCCGAUCGGAUGGUUCUUUCCGCCUUGAAAAUAUCACCACCGGCACGUACACCAUCCAGGCUCACAAAGACCAUCUCUUCUUCGAUACCAUCACGGUGAAGAUCGCUCCCAACACCCCACAGCUGGCUGAUAUCAUAGUAACGGAAUUCAGCGUCUGUGGGCAGAUCUCCGUGACCCGCUUCCCAGAUUCGAUCAAGCAGAUCACCAAAUACAAAGUGAACAUGUGGCCGCAGGAUAAAGAGAAGGCUGUGCUGAUGACUACCGAAACAGAUGCUCGUGGUGGGUUUUGUUUCAAGGCGAGACCAGGGUUAUAUGUUCUCCAGGUCAUUGUUCCCGACGCAGAAGCGAGAGCAGGACUCGCUUUAAAGCCCAAAGUAUUUCCUGUUACGGUGGCUUCCAAGCCAGUGCUGGACGUGAUCUUCUCUCAGUUCUUGGCUUCCGUUUCCGGGAAGAUCACUUGUUUGGAUGCUUGCGGGGAAUUGAUGGUGAUACUUCAGUCCAUCCUUCGGCCAGGAGAAAAACGAAGCCUCCAACUUACAGCCAAGUCAACCUCCUUGGCCUUUACCUUUGAAAAUGUCCUGCCGGGCAAAUACAAAAUGAGCAUCAUCCAAGAAGACUGGUGUUGGAAGAAUAAAUCCUUGGAGAUAGAAGUUGUGGAGGAAGAUGUAUCGGGCAUCGAAUUCCGCCAAACCGGUUACAUGCUGCGAUGUUCUCUUUCCCACGCCAUUACCUUGGAAUUCUACCAAGAUGGAAACGGACCGGAAAAUGUUGGUGUUUACAACCUGUCCAAAGGUGUGAACAGGUUCUGCCUCUCCAAACCAGGUGUGUAUGAAGUUACACCCCGCUCCUGCCACCGAUUUGAACACGAAUAUUACACCUAUGACACGUCUGCUCCAAGUAUCUUGACCUUGACUGCAAUUCGUCACCAUGUGCUUGGGACAAUUACCACGGACAAACUGAUGGAUGUGAUGGUUACCAUUCGGUCUUCAAUUGACAGUGAACCUGAUCUGGUGCUUGGGCCAUUGAAAUCCCAACAAGAGCUACGUCAGGAGCAGCAGCGGGCUGAAAUAGAGGCUCGCCGGCAGGAGAGAGAGAAGAAAGGACUAGAGGAAGAAGGAUCUAAGCCACCAGUGCAGGAAGUGGUGGAGGAGCUCUUGGGGCCAUUCCACUAUGACUUUUCCUAUUGGGCAAGAUCUGGGGAGAAAAUCACGGUGACACCAUCAUCUAAAGAACUUCUUUUCUACCCUCCUUCCAUCGAAACGGUGGUCAGCGGUGAAAGCUGUCCUGGGAAGCUGAUAGAGAUAUACGGCAAAGCGGGUCUCUUCCUGGAAGGACAGAUUCACCCCGAAUUGGAAGGGGUUGAGAUCGUAAUUUCUGAAAAAGGAGCGCCUUCCCCCUUGAUCACGGUUUUCACAGAUGAUAAAGGUUCCUACAGCGUGGGACCGCUUCACAGCGAUUUGGAAUACACCGUGACUGCUCAGAAAGAAGGGUUCAUUUUGAGCGCCGUGGAGGAGACCGUUGGAGAUUUCAAAGCUUUUGCUCUUGCCGGGGUCACUUUUGAGAUUAAAUCUGAAGAUGGUCAUCCCCUUGCAGGAGUUCUCCUUUCGCUCAGCGGUGGUACCUUCCGCUCCAACCUCCUGACUCAGGACAACGGCAUGCUGACGUUCGCCAACUUGAGUCCUGGGCAGUACUACUUCAAGCCAAUGAUGAAAGAAUUUCGCUUCGAACCCUCAUCCCAGAUGAUUGAAGUUCAGGAGGGCCAGAAUCUUAAAAUCGCCAUUGUUGGUUACCGUACGGCUUACAGCUGCUACGGCACCGUUUCUUCUCUGAACGGGGAACCUGAGCAAGGGAUUGCGGUGGAAGCGGUAGGACAGGGGGAGUGUGCCAUCUACGGAGAAGACACCAUCACGGAUGAAGAGGGGAGAUUCCGUCUACGGGGUCUGCUGCCGUCCUGCCUGUAUCACAUUCAACUGAAAGCCGAAGGCAACGAUCACAUCGAAAGAGCUCUUCCGCAGUAUUCUGCUAUUCAGGUCGGCAGCGAUGACGUUGACAAUGUGAACAUCGUGGCUUUUCGCCAAAUCAAUCAAUUUGAUCUGAGCGGAAAUGUGAUCACCCCUUCCGAGUACCUCCCUACUUUAUGGGUGAAACUUUACAAAAGCGAAAAUCUGGACAAUCCGGUUCAUACGGUCUCGCUCGGCCAAUCGUUAUUCUUUCAUUUUCCACCUCUGCUCCGGGAUGGAGAGAAUUACAUGGUGCUUUUAGAUUCUACCCUGUCCAAGUCGCAGUAUGACUACACCCUACCUCAAGUCUCCUUCACCACCAUCGGCUACCACAAGCACAUCACUUUGGUUUUUAAUCCUACGAGAAAACUGCCAGAGCAGGAUAUUGCCCAAGGAUCCUACAUCGCUCUUCCGUUGACUCUGCUGCUUUUGUUAGCUGGCUAUAACCAUGACAAGUUGAUUCCCUUGCUGCUUCAGUUAACCAGCCGUCUCCAAGGGGUGUGCGCUCUGGGACAGGCGGGGGCCGAUACAGGAGGCCUCGAGGAUAUCAAGAGGCAAGCCAAGAAACAGAAGACGAGACGGACGUGAGAAUGGAUGUCUGGUUCAGAUGCAUUGGUUUUACUUACUCCUCCUCCUUUUUUCGCCUGGCUGCUAAAGGGAGACUUCUCCGGGUUACAGCAAAGAAAUUCUAUGCACUGGACAUCUUGACUCAGAGUUGGUUUGUCACUGGUAUGGUUUUUUUACAUGGAGUAUCUUGAAUGUCACAGGAGCCCUUUUAAGAGAAAGCCUCUGUCCUAAAAGGCAGUGUUGGGGUCAUAAUUUAUGGUCAGGUUUGAAAGAACGACGACCAAUUAAAUUUGUUUUCACUCCCAA